CUUUUGUUUUGGAAAGCCGCUACCAAGCGGUCGCCAUUAUUCUUCCUGGCUUGACUGUCGGGAGAAAGACGGAUAUGUACUUUUAAACAUUAUAUUGCCGGGUAAACCGCAACAUUGUUGGCCCAUUUGUGCAGUCGAUUGAUCAACGCAUGAAUUAGCCACACAACCUGGCCCCCAGAAUGGAGAAACGGUCUGAUAGCGCAGGUGUUGGAGGUUCCCUUCCCCUGUCCUCCCUCCGCUUGAUGGCUUCCCCUCUGCAGCUGACAUACUCGUACAUAUGGCAGGUCAUACGGCAGAGAAACGUGAAGCAGUACGGCAAAGUGGAGGAGUUUGUGACCAUGGUGACGCAGACCGUUCCUGAGCUCAUAAGCUUCAAGCAGACUGCCCAGCUCGUCUUGGGGUUGAGAGCAAGGAUCAUUUUGGAUUUGCUUCACAAAGACGGACCACCAGAUUCCAGGGCGAUUCAAACUCUCAUAAAUAAGUUGAAGGUCUCUUCAUCUUUAGGGAAGGAUGCAGAAGUGGAGAAAUCGCAAACAAACUUCAUGGUGCUGGUCCAGAAUCUGCUUAAAAACCCUGCUGAAAGGAAGCGCUUCUUCCAGGACGUGUUCCCUGUUCAGUACGGCACAAAGUUUGAUACAGCUCUACAGGCUCUCACUGCUGGUCUGGUUUGCAAGCUGGAGCAAGUUCUUCCUGUUCCCAAUCUCUCCCAGCUUGGUGCCAUGAUCUCAGCGGAGCCCUCUGUCCUGGAGGCAUGUGGAGGCUUCAUCCCCGACACCGGGGACCUGAAGACUCUCCUCUUGCACCAGCAGGCCAAGGGACUCCUUGGUGCUAAAGCAACAAUCUCGUCCUCGGUGGGAAACUGUGUGCUCUCUUCACUGGCAUUCCGGCCCAAACCAGUAGAGCCACCUCCACCACCACCACCACCACCAGCACCACCAGCGCCACCAGAAUCACCAAAGCGACCAGAGGUCACAGAAACCAGCCCGGCCUCCCUGAGUGACCCUGAAGACCUGGGAGUGAUGUCGGACGACCCUGACAGCCCAGCAGACCCAGCCGCUGGAUCACAGGGGAAAGGACAAUAUGUUCAUAAAUCAGCUGAUGACAGUGCCGAAAAGGAAAAGAGUGGCACAGCAGCAGCUCAGUUGGAGAGUUUGGUGCAAGAGAAAAGUUGUACACAGGAACAGCCUGCCACAACUCUACAAAGCCCAGAGGAAAGAGCAGCGCCAGAAGCGGCAGAUAAACCAGAGUCACAGCAGCCUCCCUUGAAGUCGAUCCCUUUCCGGAUGGUUCAAAUGCCCAUCAAACCCGCCUCCACCGUACAGAAUGCAGGCAAUGCAGGAACAAAAGACGGCCAGAAGCCUCAGACCACGCGGGUCACGCUGCAUCAGUGGGUGUCACAGAUUGCCACCAACUCCCUCUCGCUCCCAGCCCUGCCGCCACUUCCCCCAGCCAGGUUCAGCUCAGGGGACGACAUGAAGCCCAGCAUCAGAAGGAAAAAGCAGAUCAGGCCUCCAGCCGACAGAUUCACCUGCAGCGUGUGCGAUAAGAGCUUCCCUUAUCAGUCCAAGCUCAUGGACCACGAGCGCAUUCACACGGGAGAGAAGCCUUUCGCGUGCCCGGCAUGCAACAAAAGCUUCAGAACACAGGCGUUCCUCAACAACCACCUGAAGACCCACAGCACGGCGCGUCCCUACGCGUGCGGCCAGUGCGGGAAGUGUUUCAACAAGUUGCAGAGCUUGACCAAGCACAUGCUGGCCCACAGCGGCCAAAAGCCCUUCUACUGCAACAUCUGCAACAAGGGCUUCACGCAGUCCACCUACUUCAAAAGACACAUGGAGUGCCACACGAGCCAGAUGACGUUCCCCUGCAAGCACUGCAGCAAAAGCUUCCCGACGGCUUUCAAGCUGUCCAACCACGAGCGCUGGCACACCAGAGAUCGCCCUCACAUGUGCGAGCGCUGCGGGAAGAGGUUCCUCGUCCCCAGCUUGCUGAAGAGACACAUGGGCUACCACAUCGGCGACCGCCAGUACCUCUGCUCCCAGUGCGGGAAGACCUUCGUCUAUUUGUCCGACCUGAAGAGGCACCAGCAAGACCACGUGCCCAAAGCCAAGAUCCCGUGCCCUGUGUGCCAAAAGAAGUUCUCCAGCAAGUACUGCCUGAGGGUCCACUUGAGGAUCCACACCCGAGAGAGGCCCUACCGGUGCUCCAUCUGCGAAAAGACCUUCACUCAGGUCGGGAAUCUGAAGGUCCACAUCCGGUUGCACACCAACGAGCGCCCGUUCAGCUGCGACGUGUGCGGGAAGACCUACAAGUUGGCGUCCCAUCUGAACGUCCACAAAAGGACUCACACGUGCAAGAAGCCCUGGACGUGCGACACGUGCGGGAAGGGAUUCUCCGUCCCGGGCCUUCUGAAGAAGCACGAGCAGCUGCACGUGCGGGAAGCCAACCCUGACUUCUCUCUGAAACGGAGACACAGGGGCAAGCACAAGAAGCACUCGCUCAAGAGGAAGUAUGAUGAGGAAGACGAGGGCAGCGAUGAUUAUUAAUCAAAGAAACACGAUUUGUAUGAAAUAAGGAUGCUCAGGGCUGAUGCUGAUCACUGAUGUAAUCCAAUUCAGAUAGCUACUGCCGAAAUGACCCUGUGGAGCGUGUCAUUCUCAAAGUUUCCCGAGUUAUUUCUAGGUUGUGUUAGCUUGUGGUGGAGAUCAGGUCACCAUGACGGUCUGGGUAGUGAAAACACAUUUAGAAUGAUGUUAGAAUCAUUCUUUUUCUGAUCACCAGUUUUAAAGACAACCCAUUUAAGUUAUAAUUUGAUUUAUGAUUGGUGGCCUGCUCCGGUCAUUAUCCAGCCAACUGGAGCAUCUCAACUAAUCAGUGCUGUUUUUCAUGUAAUAAGGUGAUGUGACGACAUUAGUUUGGGAAAUUAAGUUACCCCGAGCUGUCGCAUUUUGAGAGACAUAAGAUCAUUUCCUGAUUCGUUUUGGAGUUGUUAAUUAUUGGUGAUCAUUGUAAUUACAAAAUAAAACUAUGAUAGUUUAAAAGAAAUGUUAUUUUCUAAACAUAGUGCUACCUGAAUGUAGCCAACAUUUAAACAAUGUCCAUCAUGUUAACCAACAAUACAAGUAUUUCAAUGCAUGUGACUUUAGAUAGUUUGUCUGCUAUGUAACAAAAUAUUGUAGUGUCUCUAGGAAACAUUUUAUCUUUGUUACCAUGUCCUUGUGGAAAAACUACCUUUACCCCUCUCUCUCUCUCUCUCUUUUUAUGUAACCCUAAACUGUAAACCUUACAAUUACUCUGCUUUUGUUUGAGAGUGAAAAUAGGCUGAUUUGUGUUUAUUAGGAUUUCACUUUUUUCAAGCCUUAGAUGCUGUGUUAUUGCUGUAAUGGUGUUGAAAAUAUGAAUUUUCAUUUAGCUUGGACACAGUAAACAUUAUGCAAAUGUGUGAUGAGGUUGUGCUGUGAGUCUUAUCUCCCCCAUUACUUCUACUAUUGUGAGCUGCCAUGUAUACAAGCCAUUAGGCAUUAUAACUGUUUUUGAUGUUUUUCAGAAAAAUAAAUAA